AUGCGUACGGCCUCUACAAGCUCACAAGAACCUCUCAAGCAAGUCCCCAUGAUACACGGGAUAGUGGAGCUCACUGAGGAACAAGAGCAUGCAACCAAAAUCCACAAGAGGAUGGAGGAACAGGUGAAGCGAUAUAGAUCAUUGGGUCACACAGUCAAUCUUGUCACUUCGGAAGACAGAUGUUAUCCAGCCUCUGCUAUCACCUUCACCGAAGACGACUUACAGGGAGUGCACCUACCCCAUGACGAUCCUCUCGUCAUCUCGCUACAGGUCAACCAUUGCCAGCUGGGUAGAGUUUUAGUCGAUGGGGGCAGUGGGGUUAACAUUCUUUUCUGGGAAGCCUUCCAGAAGAUGGGGCUAGAGGAAAAUCAGAUCCGGACCUCCACUACACCCAUUUUGGGAUUUAAUAGCCAGAGGGUAUACCCGAAGGGCGUUGUACGAUUAACCGUGGUAGCCGCAGAACGUACCUUGCCUGUAGACUUCCUCAUCAUAGACUCCAUCACAAGCUACAACGCCAUCAUGGGGAGAAAUUGGAUCCACAGAAUGCAUGGGGUGGUCUCAAUUUUGCAUCAGGUGAUGCAGUGCCACUCACCCAACGGACGAUACACCAUCGACAUAAAGGGAUGUUAG